AUGGCAGAAUUAGAGAUUGAGUGCCUUCAUUUCACCAAUCCCUCGAUGAGGUCCUUCAACCUCGACAUCUCCGCCGUCAUUGGCCCAGGAGUUGAUAUUGGCUGGAUUAGUUGCGUAACAGUGUCCAUCUUUUACCGUCGAGUUCUCAUUGGCAAAAAGACUCUUCGCAACAAAUACAUUAAUCCCGACGAGGAAGGCAAUGUUGAAAUACACCUCGAAAAUCUCAAAAUUCUGAAUAUGCUUGGAUUCAAGGAUUUCAUCCAACGCCUGAUGCCCAAGACUGGAAUCAUCCCCCAGAACAAAGAUCAAACAUCUAUUACCGCAACACUAGACAGCGAUGAGAGUGGUCAUAAACUUUAUGUGGCGAUAGAUCUGAACGACACAUCGAGUAUCUCAAUUUCCGAUGUGGACUUGCAGCGGGUUGACCGGACGGUUACACUCAGAUUCAGAGCAUCCAGCUCGAAUCCGGUUGACCUGCCUUUUGGAUACUGUCGAUUUUCAUUGAAAAAAGAUGGAGCGCAUUUGGUUUCAUUGGAAGGUUAUUUUGACAUUUUGCCCGAUUCCUCUGAUGUCACGUUGGAGGGAGAUACCGAAACUGACAACCUCGAACUCUCUGGAACGGCAAUUCUGAAGGGGGUCUGUGCACUUGACAAUGAGCAUAAUUGGCUUGCUCAUGCUAUUCGAUUGUUUGAAAUGGAGGUUAAAUUAGGUUAG